UGCGGUGGCAUGGAGGUGCGUGGAUGUUCUGAUGAAUAACACGACAAGGAAUCUUCUUUAACUGAACUUUACUUGCUCCGGCAACAGUUGACUCUCGUGGCUUCAUCAUGGCUUCUCAGGGGCUUCAGAUCCUUGGUAUCCUGCUGUCCUUCAUCGGCUGGCUGGGCACCAUCAUCACCUGCGCUCUGCCCAUGUGGAAGGUUACUGCUUUCAUUGGGCUGAACAUCGUCACCUCACAGGUGAUCUUUGAGGGCCUGUGGAUGUACUGUGUGACCCAGAUUACAGGGCAUUUGCAGUGUAGAGUGUACGACUCCUUACUGCAGUUGCCUCAGGACCUGCAGGCUGCCAGGGCCAUGGUGAUCAUCUCUGUGAUUGUUGGGGCGUUUGGCAUACUGACUGCCAUCGUUGGAGGGAAAUGCACCAACUGCAUGGAGAAUAAGGCAUCCAAAGCUAAAGCCUGCAUCGUUUCUGGAGUGAUCUUCAUAAUAACCGCCUUACUGAUCCUGAUACCGGUGUCCUGGUCAGCUCGCACCAUCAUCAGUGGCUUCUACAACCCUGUGUUGUUCUCAGCACAGAGACGGGAGCUUGGCGCUGCGCUCUACAUCGGCUGGGUCUCUGCAGGUCUGCUGCUUCUAGGAGGGAUUCUUCUAUGCAGCAACUGCCCCCAAAAGGACAGCAGACCAUACAUAUCUGCCAAGUUCAGCCAUGCAAAAACCGUGUCAUCAAAUAAGUACGUCAGGUUUCAUGGCCAGAAGGGUUUCUAAUUACGUUACAAAAGAUGCAAUGACUUGAAUAUUUCUUUUACUGAAUUGAAUACAUACAAGUUUUGAUUUAACUUAUUUUAUUUUUAAACUACCAUUUUCUUAAGAUAAAUCUUUAUCGUAAUCAUCAACCUGAGUAGGACGAUGCAUAAUAUAUACUAUUCCAUUCUGAUUUGCUCACAUGAAGGUAAUUCUUGGACUCCAUUUUUGGACUCCAUCUAUGCUCAGCUGACGCUUGUAAUUCUAUAAUGCAGUAUUUUUCAAAUAAAAUCAAAAGAAUUCACCAGUGCCUGUCUCCUAUUCUGUCACCUCUCUGAUUUUAUCAACAAAUCGAAAUCUUCCACCUGUUCACUUGAUCCCAUUCCGUUU